UCAGGCGGAUGCGUUGCCUCGAAGACAGAGCCGUGCCGACAGUCCAGCCAACAGGAGCGUCUUUUUUUUUUCUCACGUCGAGAAAGCGAUCGGAACGUCGGGUGUUCGAGUCGCGUAUGAUCGGCCCGGUGUCGAAAAAUCCUGGCGGAGAAAUCACCAUCGAUUACGCCGGUCGAUCUCCGCCACUCUCGCUCGAGAGGCAGAGACUUUUCGGACUUCUCGAACAAGUUUUUGAGAAAGGAAAAAAAAACGACAUCAGUGAUUUAGAACUAUCGAGUGAUUAGAGACCGGGGUGAAAUCUAGAGACUCAGGAUCAGUGGAUAGUCGGCUAAGAUGGGCUCGUUUGCGAUCGGAACGGUAGCAGCCACGGCCGCGAGCCUAAUAUUCACGGCGCUGUUGGCGAACGGCGACGCCGCGUUGGCCAGGACGGCAUUCGAGAAGCUCACCGACUACGAUUACCGUGGCACUACCUAUUACAGCGUGAGGAAUCUGUCGUUGGACGAAUGCCAGGGAUGGUGCAGGGAGGAUUUGGAAUGUCAGGCCACCGCGUUCUCAUUCGUUUUGAAUCCCUUGGCGCCGAUGCAGGACACCCUCUGCCAGCUGCAGAACGAAACGGCGGCCACGAAUCCGGCUGCGCAGCCUCAAAGGGCGGCCAAUAUGUACUACAUGACGAAACUACAGAUAAGAUCCGAAAACGUUUGUUUGCGACCAUGGGCCUUCGAGCGCAUUCCGAACAAGAUGAUCCGCGGCUUGGACAACGCAUUAAUUUACACGUCCACAAAAGAGGCAUGUCUCGCUGCCUGCUUAAAUGAACAUCGCUUUACCUGUCGUUCCGUGGAGUAUAAUUACGUGACGCUUCAAUGUCACCUGAGCGAUUCAGAUCGUCGAACGACGGGUCAAUAUGUACAAUUCGUGGAUGCGCAAGGAGUGGAUUACUUUGAGAAUUUAUGCUUAAAAGCAAAGGAUGCCUGCAAAGCUCAAAGGAUCUUCCAAAUGCCAAGAAUCGGCGUGGCGGACGAUAAAGUUGCACAAUACGCGGGCCUGCAUUAUUACACCGAUAAGGAGCUGCAGGCUCAAAGCGAAUCCGCCUGCAGAUUGGCCUGCGAAAUCGAGAACGAGUUUCUUUGCAGAUCCUUCCUUUAUCGCGGCGCGCCGCAGGGGUCAGCUCAUAAUUGUCAGCUCUUCCAUUUGGAUCACUGGACUCUCCCGGAUGGACCUUCGACGUAUCUCAACGCGGAGAGGCCUUUGAUCGACAAUGGAGAACGAGUUGGCACCUACUUCGAGAAUUUCUGCGAAAAGGGUACCGGGCUAAUAUCGGAUCCAUUGCCGGUCGUUUUCGAGACCACGGAAGACCCUACGAUAAACAACCUCACCCGAAAUGAUAUUAAUUGCGAUAAAACUGGAACUUGCUACGAUGUAUCGGUGGACUGCAAAGAUACCCGUAUUGCCGUUCAAGUCCGUACAAAUAAGCCCUUCAAUGGGCGCAUUUACGCUCUCGGACGAUCUGAGACUUGCAAUAUUGAUGUUAUUAAUAGCGAUCUCUUCAGGCUUGAUCUCACAAUGAGCGGACAAGAUUGCAACACUCAAAGCGUGCAGCGUGACGGUUUUCAGACUGGAAUAUAUUCGAACACGGUUGUACUGCAACAUCAUUCCGUGGUAAUGACAAAGGCUGACAAAAUCUACAAAGUUAAAUGUACGUACGACAUGUCCUCGAAAAAUAUUACUUUCGGUAUGAUGCCGAUCAGAGAUCCGGAAAUGAUCAGUAUCACCAGCGCACCGGAAGCACCUCCACCGAGGAUUCGCAUCCUUGACAGCCGAUCGCGUGAGGUUGAAACUGUGCGCAUCGGGGACAAACUGACGUUUAGAAUCGAAAUCCCGGAAGACACUCCUUACGGUAUUUUCGCUCGCAGCUGCGUAGCUAUGGCAAAGGACUCGAAAAGCACAUUUCAAAUUAUCGACGACGAAGGAUGUCCUGUCGAUCCUUCCAUCUUCCCCAGUUUCACUCCCGAUGGUAACGCUCUGCAAUCUGUAUACGAGGCCUUCAGGUUUACCGAAUCUUACGGUGUGAUCUUCCAGUGUAACGUGAAAUAUUGUCUAGGACCUUGCGAUCCGGCCGUUUGCGAGUGGGGACGUGAAUCCGUGGAAUCAUGGGGCAAGAGACGCAGAAGAAGUCUCGCGAACUCGACGGAGGAGAAAGCCGAAGAUAUGACUCUGUCUCAAGAGAUCUUAGUACUCGAUUUUGGCGAUGAGAAACAAUCUGAUUUCCUAAAGAGCGACGCUAGCAUAGAUUUCAAUGAAGCGGACAAAACAGUGACCAUCGUGGAACCAUGUCCAACGAAAACCUCGGUGCUGGCGCUCGGGGUGACGUGUGCUCUUCUGGUACUCAUCUACAUCUCCACAAUCUUCUGUUACUACAUGAAGAAGUGGCUGACACCACGCAAAAUGAUGCCUUAAAGGACAAGAAGAAUUCGUUCGUACAGCGCAUUCGCAAAAGUAAACGGCAAAAAUGAUAAUGAAGAAUGCAAGAGUUCACAUAUACAUUCACACAUAUACACAUAUGCAUACUCAUAAUCGUAAGUUAUCAAAGAAUUCAUAUACUUCGCCCUUUCAUUCCUAUUCAUUUUCAUUAUGUUUGCAAUGGAUGAAAUGCGCACGUGUAAGAAGGUAGAAUGUAAAAGAUCAACAUCCAAAAGAGACAUUUAUCCCUUGCAUCGCGCAUCUGAACUGCCUUUAAUGCAUUUAAUAUUUUUCACAACGUAUCAUUGAUAAGAAUCAUAAAAAUCGAUUAUGUAAUGUUCGAGUGAAUAUUCAUAUCGACACAGAUGUUCAUUAGUAGAUAUUCAUUAGGCCGACAUUUUUGGAAGAUUUAUUUAAAAGAUAAUAUAUCGAUAAUAGAACGCGGGAAAAUAAGUUUACACGAACAUUAAAAAUUACUUUGACUGACGCGAUGAAAAUCACAUAAAUGUCAAAAACGUUGAAUGCAAACACCUACGCGAACUUGAGAUCUACAACGAAGAGGAUGACUCGACUCUUCUUAGCUGAAGUAAUAUUUAGCAAGGAACAGCUCAUGAAUAUCGUAACUUUUAUGAAGGUGACGUAUUUUAAGAUGGUCACAAGUUAUAUAACAAAACGUGUACGUUGUAACAGUGCAAUAUUACAUUUUCGUAAAACGCUAAAUAUAUAAAAUGUCUGGCAGGCUUUAACAUACGCAUCUACUUCGUAUAUAGAUGCGUAUGCUCGACAUUUAUUUUUGAUCACCAAAAUGUGCCGAAGUAUUAAGUUAAAAUAGCAAUCGCGACUGAAUUUUGCUGACGCGGUUUAUCUUUAUGAGGAAAGCACAAUGCUACAUCAGCGACUGUGAUUGAAAUUUGAAUGAUGGCUUGCGCAUGUUGGACUUUGGAGGUAUUUGUUGAAAAGUUGGCGACCGACUCUUCUGCAUACAUACAUACAUACAGGCACACGCAUACAUACACAUACGACAUAUUUCGCGGAGCUCACUUGCGACUAAGACCACCUUGAAAAUGCAAUGAGUAGGUUUUAUUUAAGAAUAUUUUUAGAAACAGCUAACUGUGUCCUCUAGUGGCUACUUCUGAUCGGGUUGCAAGGAGAACAGGAGCGAGCGGACGAAUUUAUUCUUCGUGUUGCUCGAACUGAAAUUUUCGGUACUGUUUGAACGAUUAAUGCGGCCCUGGUUACUGUUUUUAGUUAACAGAAAUCGAUUUGUAACCCGCAUCAAGACUAGCGGUAUUUAAAGGUUCACGCUUCACUAACGUCUUUAACGAUACAAAUAGCAUUAAGAUAGCAAUUAAGCAUAGACAAAAGAGAGAAAAAAGAAAAGAAAAUGAGCAAGAAGAUAUUUUCUCGGAUUUAGCGAAUUCUCGAAGCGGUUGGUUACUUUUUAGAAGACAAAGAAAGACGUUUACAAGAAAGAAGAUAUCAAUAAACUUUAGCACUACGUGCAUGAAUUCCAUUCUGAAUAAGAAUAUCAAUUCAGGAAUAUUGUAGCGACUAAUUGAUGUUUGAAUUAGCUAAACUAAUGGGUGAGUCGGAGAAAAUGUAUGUUAAAGUACGAACCUCUUACGAGAAGCCGCUGAAACUCCUUCGAGAUUUACAAGGAAGAGUACCUCUACUCGUGAAACCCGUACUGGAACUGAUGAGAGAAGAGAAGCACUCGAGCAUUCGGUUACUUAAGUGUAGAUAGUCUGCGCGUUUCUGAAGCUCGAGGGCCCUCGAAAUUUUAGCCGUGCAUUCAGAGUGUUAAAACAAGAAAUACUCGAGGUAAAAUGUACUGCCGGCGGAACAAAUGGUCGAGUAAUUUUGUAAGGACAAUCAUAUUUUCUCUCGAUUUAUCGACUCCACUCAAUUAAUAAGCUCGCUCUAAAAAUUCCUGCAGAGUACUUUUCUCGUUUCUUCAAAUACUGCCAUAAUGAAUGAGUCGCACGCAAGUAUCUGUGUCUAAAAUAAAACCUUUUUUCUCGUUUUAAAAAUGAAUUGUAAAUAAAUACUUCAAUAUAUUAUAUUUUGUGUGAAUUUACGGCGUAAAUGUUGAAACGAGAGAAACACGUUGACAACUAUGAGAACAGAAGUAAAAAUAUUUGAUACGAAAAUAUUCAUUUACAACUAUUUCACAUUUUUUACAAUUAAUUAUUAAAUAAUUUAUUAAUUAUAAAUAUGUAUUCAUUUUUGUUUGCGAUAUGAUGAGGUACUGAUUUGGUAUGACGGGCGGAUUCUUCCUACUCUAGUGUGACGUUAUGUAAUGAUUCAUAAACAGCACGAAUUGGGUGGAGUAAAUUAAGAUUUCCGGUUAAGGUGCUUGCUAUAAAGGAGUCACAAUCAAAAUUAAAUAUUUUUAAAUUAAAAGAAUGAUGGAAGAAGAUUAAGAAAGACAGAUUCAUUAAUAAUUGAAUUUUAUGACAUUUAAAAUAUGUUUUGAUUGCGAUAAUAAAAAAAAUAUGCUAUAUUAAAACAAUAUUAAUUUAAAAAACGCUUAUUAGUAUGACUCCUUAUGGUUUACAAAAUAACUUACAAAAUGUAUAUAUUUAUAUAUAUAAAUAUAUUAUUAUUAAGUUGGACAGUGCAGUAGAAGUGUGCAGUAGAAUAUUCAGAAGUGAAUACACAUAUCCAUCAAUACGCAUCAAUCACAUAUAUUUGUAUCCUAUUUAUAUACGCGAAUGUUUCAGUAAUUAAACUCAAAUCAGUUUUGACAGAA